GGUAUAUUAAUAUAUAAUUACGUUGUGCAUAUAUACGCAUAACAGUGUAAUAUAAUUUUAUGUAAUUUGUGAUCUGAAAUAUUGUUACUCGUUUGCAAAAAAUUGUUAUGAAUAUAGAAUUGUUAAUGCAGAUCCAGCAUUCAGCAGCUAUUACAAUUGUGGGCAUAUAUUAUGCUAGGAAAAUAGUAAAGUAGUUGAAUCAUUUGCAUCUGGUAACCAACUAUUGUAUUAAUUACAAUCAUGUACAUUAUGGACAAUUUCUACAAAGCAUUGAGAUUGUUUGUUCGUACACAUAUGGAGCUAGAAAUCGACUUUAAAUUGCCUAUGAUAAAACACCACAUUAAUGGAGACAUCCGUUUCUAUUCAACUAAAGACUUACAAAACCUAAUUGAAAAGUUAGUGGAAGAUUUGACAAUUGUUGAACGUUGCUCAUGGUCYUCAAAUUAUACAUCAAUAUGGUUAAAAAAAGAWUUAUGGACAUCCACAGUGAUGAAAGAGACAUUAACAUCUGGUUGUAAAUAUGGUAGUAAUGAUGAACACCAAGGCACUAUAGUCUUGGUCAGUUCUGAUGAGUGGAAUGAUUCAGUUACAUGCUUGCGCAUUGCAUUAUUGAAAGAGACAAUUCAAAAUUUAGCCAAAAUAAAUGGGUAUGUGAUAGGAAGURAUGGACUGAAUUUAUUGGUGUCAAAAAAAAACAAUCCAUAUAACAGUAAUCUUGUAUUGUGUGGUAAUGUUGUUUGUAAUAUGACAGUCGAAGAUUAUAAACAGCAAAAAAAAGAUGCUAUUACUAAAAUGUCAGCUAAUCGUGUUGAAUCUGAUGAAUAUCCAAUUGAUAUCAUAUCUAAACUUUGCCAUGCAUCGAUUGUCUAUGAAUUAUUAAGUGUUCGCCAUUGUAAAGUUAUUAAUACAGAAUGUGAUACAUCAAAUAAAGACAGUGGUAUUUUUGUAAUGUACAAUUACUCAAGGCUUUGUCAAGUAUGGAAAGCAUUUGAAAAAGGGGUUAUUGAAAAUUACUAUGAAUCUUUACCUGACAUUGGUGCCGUUAACUUUGGAUUGUUGACUAGUAAAGAAGAAUGGAUUUUAAUCCUUAACCAUAUAUCAAUGUAUCCUUUGGUUAUUCAACAAUCUGUUAAACAUUUGUUGUCAGCAAGUGUGGAUGUCCAUAGAUUGUGCAAGUUUUUGAUGGAAAUGUCAUCUGCUGUUAGCCUAUUUUAUCAUAGGCAUCAUAUUUUAUCAGACCCGAUUUCAAGUUUAUUACCGCUGAUGCAUGCUCGAUUAUAUUUGGUCAAAUCAUCAAUACAAGUGUAUGAAAAUGUUUUCCAAUUAUUAGGUAUUGAAGCUGUACACGAAAUGUGAAUGGUACUUAUCAACAACAGCGUUAUGGAAGCUAAUGCUGACUAAUUGUCAAGAAAUAAUUCUAUUUUGCCAAACUAAAUUAUGUCACAUUAUAUUAUGAGGAUUGAUGACUUGUUAUGUUAAAAAUACCUAUAAACUAAUAUGACACUUUUA